AUGUCUCAGAUUUAUAAUGUUGUACUUAAAGAGCCAAACAUACGAAAGGGUAAGGUUGAGAUCAAGAAAGUGGAAGAAAAAAGAAAGCGCUACGUGACCUUCUCGAAACACAAACAAGGGCUUUUCAUAAAAGUCACUGAGUUAUCCCUUCUUUGCCAAGCUGAAACCGCUUUGGUUAUCAAUUCUCAGAAAGGAAAGCUUUAUGCCUGCGGCUACCCCGAUCCAGACUCUGUCAUGCACCGCUACCAAGGCGGCGACGGAGGAGGGUAUCACAACCGUGCUGCUAAAACGAGGUUCCAACAGGGUGUUGAAACCCUAAGGCUGAAAUUUGAUGCAACUGAAGAAAAGUUGAAAGAAGAGAAUAUGCAUCAUGAAAAGAUCACUGAGGGAAAAAAGAAUGGUUUGGUAUUCACUGAAUGGCGGGAUCUCUCCAUCGAGGAUAUGGGUUUUGAACAAGUUGAGGAAUUCAAGAAUUGCUUAGAAGAUUUGAAGAAGAAACUUGUUGCUGCAAGGGAAAAGAAGAAGAAGAAGGUCAAUAAUUCACUUCCACCAUUGCCAGUUGCACAUUUACCAUUACCAGUUGCAUCAUCACCGAUGCAAAGGUUAUCAGAUGUGUCUUUCUUGAAUGAGGGUUUCAAAGUGUAUGGUGUAUGGAACAGUGGCGUCAGUUCCAUGGUUCCUGGUGGUGGUUUUCACCAUUAUUAA